AUGUCAAUAGCUAAUAAAAUGUUCGUUCCUGUCACCCAGGAAUUGGACUUCCAGGAAUCCAUGCGAAGGAACCAACCAGAGGAGCCACGUUGCUCCCUGCAGCGCGUGGGAAAGGACAGCGCACCCAUUCGGAUGUGGGGCCAAGGGGCGGCCGGGGCGGCCGGGGCGGCAGGGGCGGCAGGGGCCAGGGCCCUCACAUCGCGUCGGCUCGGCCCCGCCCCGCCCCGCCCGCAGCACGAGUUCGAGCCUCCGCCGGCCCGCAGGACCCUGGAGACGCCGCGGUGCUGCUCAGUGGGCGGGGGCUGGGCGAGGAGGAGCGCACAGCCCCCGCCCACACCACGCGUUUCGAUAGAGCAGGUGAAGAAGGACUCCGGGGUCCCCAGGAGUAGCUCUAUCUUCAGAAAGCCUAGCCUGAUCCAGGAGAGGGUAGAGAGCAGCAAUUGCGAGUGGUUCGCAGCCGCCUUGGGCAACCUGGAAUGGUUGCGGUUCUGUCUGAAUCCGGACCUUGAGGGAAUCCUCACCGACAACAAGGGUUUCACUGCCAUCCACUUUGCAGCCCAAAAAGGCAGGCUCGAAUGCCUGCAGGUCUUGGUGGAGGAGUACCAGUUUCCCGUGGACCUGCCCACCAAGAACGGCCAGACCCCGCUGCACCUCGUCAUCCACAAGGAGAACAGGAACGUGGUCCUCCCCUGCGUUCACUAUCUGCUUCAGCACGGGGCGGCCCUCAACGCUCAGACACGCAAUGGCUCCACACCGCUGCACCUGGCAGCCCGGGAGGGCCUGCUGAGCUGUGUCAAGGUCCUGGUGAAGAAUGGCGCCAAUGUCCAUGCCCGAGAUGCCAUAGGCUGCAAGCCCAUCGACUAUUGCAAAAUAUGGAACCACCGCGUCUGUGCUCGCCCCUCCCAUGCCCACCCCGGCCCUCAGCAGCAGCCAGUCUUCCGGGUUGAAGCCCAGUCACUGAGGAGGACACAUCCUCACCUGGGCACCAGGUUCUUGAAGGAUGCCAUGUGGAAACGGGACAAGAAGGACUUUGCCUGUGAGAUGGGGAAGCUGAAGGGGCUCAAAGGCCGCCUGGCCUUCAUGGAGCGGUACUACCAGACGGAGUAUCAGGAAGAACAACAAUUUCUGAGACAAGCUGAUUUCAAGAAGUGGCUCCAUCAUAAGCCACUGCCUCGAGGCCAGUCUCUGAUCCACAGCAUUAAGCAAGAGCCCCAAGCCCCUCCCUGGGCCAUCCCUGUCUCCAAGACCCCCAAGCUGUCCAAGCACUUCCACCUCUCCCCAGAGGAGCACCUGCAAUGGACACCACAGGCCAAGCCGCAGCCCUCGGUGACACCCACACCCCACUACACGCUUCCCACAGUUAGGCAGCCCAAGCCGUGGAAUAUUAGCAACAACCCUGCCAGAUCCCCCACCGCCCAGAUCGGCUCCCCACAGGGCAUCCGCCUGGGUGUGCAACCAGACCCCAGCCUGGAGCACGACUUCAGCGGAUUCCUCAAGAUCAGGUCUGAUGGGCAAGGUGGUACGCACUUGCACACGGUGACUGGCAAGCAGGUGGCCCCUGUGCCUCGGCUGCCUUUGGAGGUGAUAGUCCAUGAGCUGUACCCUCAGAUGCGGCCGUGCAGGAUGAAGGUGCCCCAGGGCUUCCACUGUGUCAGCAUAAAGGACGUGGACCGGAAGCGGUACUUGGGCGACAACACCUUCUGGACCGACACUCUGGCCAUGAACUUACGUGAAACAUUUGACGAAGCCUUCCUGGCAACAGUGCAAGCCCAUCAGGGGCUCCCCAUUCUGCCCUGUCCUUAACCACCCCCC